AGCUCUUAGCGGCCGCGUUAAGGCUGUGUGGGCCUACACAAAACAGAUCUUAUCAACAAGAAGAUAAGGCAUUCCUUAUUAUUAAAAGUCGGACCCCCUCAUUCAUUCCCGAUUCUCCACAUCACUACAACCAAUCUCUAACACAGAGCAACAAAGAAUGGUCUUCCGCAUCAUUCCACUCCUCUUCUUCCUCCUCCUCCUCCCCUCUCCUUCCUCCACCGCCGCCACCAAUAUCCUCCUCACCGGCGAAACCCUCCCCACCAACACCCAACUCUUCACCCCAAACGCCGCCUUCAGAAUCCACAACGACUGCAACCUCGCUCUCUACAACCCCACCCUCCGCUUCCAAUCCAACACAGGCAAUCUCCGCACUAAUAACUGCACGCUCACCCUCACCCACCGCGGCCAACUCCUCAUCCAAGCUCCCAACGGCUCCACCAUCUGGUCUUCCUCGCCACCCACCAAAUCCGGCAGCUACGCCGCCCUUCUUCGCUCCGACGGCCACGUCGCCAUCUACGGCCCAUCAGUCUGGUCAACACCCUACCGCAGCUCGGCCGGCGCCGCCGAGCUGGCAAAGCACUCUCCCUCUCCCAAUGCUCGUAACCACAUGUUCUCAUCGCAAGUUCUAUGUGAUAAUUCGAAGCUGGCGAGCGGAGAGCACGCGUUGGCUAUGAAGGAUGACUGUGGAUUGGAGCUCGUUAAGGAGUCGGAAGGGGUCGUUUGGGAGAGCGGUACGAAGGGAAAAGGUAGGAAUUGCUUCGUGAGACUCGACCACCGCGGCCAGCUCGCAGUCGUCGACGACCGGUUCAAGGUUGUGUGGGCGAGCAAGGCAGCGGAAGCCGACGGAUUCUAUGUGCUGGUUGUGCAGAACGACGGCCGGGCCGCCGUCUACGGACCGGCGAUCUGGUCCACUGAUACUUGAGAUUUUUUUCUCUUUUUGUUUUUUUUUUUUUGGAGACGCGGGGAUUAGCCCCGGUGGUUGAGUAGUGGGGGCUUGGCUGACGUGUAGUUGAAGCCAAAGCCUUAUCCACUGUAAUGCCUUUUUAAGUAAAAGGAAUAUUUUACGAGUAUUCGUUGGC